AUGGGGUUCCAGUUGAUUGUGACACUAACUUUCAUGUGUCAUGUCGUGUAUGUAUGUAACGCCUCCACGCUGAAGUCUGAUCACGAUUCACCGAAACUCCGAACGCCUGGGUUUCUUGAUGUCGCUGCUUUCAACAUAAAAACUUUUGGCAAAUCCAAGAUGAGUAACCCUGAAGUUGCGGAAAUCAUUAAAAAUAUUGUGUUGGAGUACGACCUGAUACUGAUCCAAGAGAUCCGAGAUAUAUCUGGAGAGUCGUUUGAAAAGCUCCUAACAAUGCUCAACGAAGUGGAAUCUUAUGAAAUGACCAUCAGCGAGAGACUUGGAAGGUCGUCAUAUAAAGAACAAUACGCCUAUUUUUACAGAACGUCCGCCCUCACCCUCCUAGAGACCCGGCAGUAUCCCGAUCUUGGAGAUAGAUUCGAGAGGGAACCGUACAGCGCCAUGUUCAUGUCUAAAUCCAGCUCUGAAACAUUCGUCGUCACGGGGUUGCACGCCAAGCCAGACGAUGCUGUCGCGGAAAUUGGACUGAUGGACAAGGUUUACGAGGAUGCUCUUAAUGAGUUCAACAAUCCAAAUAUGAUCAUCAUGGGAGACUUUAAUGCCGAUUGUUCAUACGCCUCAGAAAAUGAUCUCAACGAAAUUCCGUUCUAUUACAACAGCAAUUUUCAAUGGCUGACUCCUUGGGAAGCUGACACAACCACCUCCACUAACACUGACUGUGCAUACGACAGGAUUGUUGUAACCGGAAGUCUGAAAAACGCCGUUGUGUCUAGAUCCGUGUACAACUUUGAGGAAACAUACGAUUUAGAUUUUGACGAGAUGUGGGCGGUCAGUGACCAUUACCCAGUAGAUGUGCGUCUCGCGCUCUGA